AUGUUGGAGAGAAAGAUAGGAAAGUUCAUGUUCAAGAACAUAGAGGAGUAUUACAAAAAGUCCAUAUUACCACCCUCAAGCGCGAAAAGCAUUCGCGUGCAAUCUAUAUUAGGAGAGAUAGUUCAAGCAAUGCAUAAUGGGUUGAGACUUGAAAAGAAUUGCAGUGUUAACAUGUGCUCGAGUGAGAAUCCACAGGUGAUUAUGGCCGUGGAUGGGUCAGGACAGCAACAACACGACUUUGAGGUGAGAGUCGAGAAAUUGGGUAAUGAAAACGAUGUGAAAAGGAUAGGAAAAUUGGGAAGAAGAUUCGCUACAAAGCACUUGGAUGGAUUGAAUUGGGAAGUGAUGUUGGUGGAUUCAUCAUAUACCAAGAAUGCUUAUUAUAUCCCUGAGGGCAGGAUUGUGGUGUUUACAGGGUUGCUUGAUUGUCUCCAAUCUGAUGCGGAGCUAGCAACUAUUCUUGCUCAUGAGACCCUAAAUUCACCCUCAAAUUAUAUGAAAUAUUGUUUUCUUUCAUCUCCCGGAGGUAUCGUUCUCGAUUCUAUGAUCUCCCAAAUUACGAGCUUAAUUUUGUUCACCAUUGUUGAAAUGCUUGGUGUGUUGUAUAUGGAUGAUUUAUCACAGUUGUUUUUUCUAGCCAUGUUUAUGUGGGGCAUGAUGGAAUUUGAAGCAGACUACAUAGGGUUAAUGUUGAUGGCAUCAGCCGGGUACGACCCACAGGAGGCCCCGAAAGUUUAUGAGGUGCGGCUCGGAGAUGAGGAUAGAGGACUAUCUGCAACUCAUCCAUCUGGUUCUAAGAGAGCAGAGAAGCUGAACAAACCUAAAGUUAUGCAAAAAGCAGUGGCCAUAUACAAGGAAGUUAAAAGUGGCCAAGGGGUCACAAGUUUCAUUUGA